AUGUACUGUUCUUACAAUUGCAUUCUUAAAAUUCUAAUCAUUAUUGGUCCAGAUCUAAUUGUUACUGGGAAAGAAAGAAAGAAUUGUAAAGUUAGAAAGUUUUCCUACAGGAAAAGUCUCAAUAAUAAUAAUAAUAAUAAUAAUAAUCAGGAACAGUGUGGCCAGCAGGAGCAGGGAAGUGAUCCUUCCCCUGUACUCUGCAUUGGUGAGGCCACACCUUGAGUAUUGUGUUCAGCUCUGGGCCCUCAGUUCAGGAAGGAUAUUGAGGUGCUGGAGUGGGUCCAGAGAAGAGCAACAAGGCUGGUGAAGGGACUGGAGCAUAAGUCCUAUGGGGAGAGGCUGAGGGAGCUGGGGUUGUUUAGUCUGGAGAAGAGAAGGCUCAGAGGUGACCUCAUCACUCUCUUCAACUACCUGAAGGGAGGUUACAGCCAGGUGGGGGCUGGUCUCUUCUCCCAGGCAACCAACAAUAGGACAAGGGGACAUGGGCUCAAGCUCUGCCAGGGGAGGUUUAGGUUGGAUAUUAGGAAGAAAUUCUUUACAGAGAGGGUUAUCAGGCAUUGGAACGGCCUACCCAGAGAGGUGGUGGAUUCACCAUCCCUGGAGGUUUUUAAAAAGAGAUUGGACGUGGCCCUUAGUGCCAUGAUAUAGUAAUUGGAGUUGGAUCAGGGGUUGGACUUGAUGAUCUUGGAGGUCUUUUCCAACCCAAUCUAU